GCCUAAAAAUGAAACAUACCAAAUUUCUUCCACUAGCUCUCAUGACAACAACAAAAUGUUCAAUUUUGCUCCUUUGUGUUACAUUUUCUGUAGCAAAUUCCCAAGAUAGUAAUACAAUGCCACCAGCAAGUUUACUCUGCAUAAGUGAAUGUAAUACAUGUCCUCUUAUUUGUUCUACACCACCUUCCCCUAUCAAACUCAAGCCACCACCCUCACCCUCACCAUCAUCAUCAAUACUAACACAAACACCACCACCACCUCCACCACUUUUCGCCCCACUCCGCCCCUCACCACCUCAAUCUUCCUCCCAUUCACCAUCACCACCGUCCUCGACGCAAAAAGAACCUAAAUCUCCUCCACCAUCUUACAUGAUAUACACUGGUCCUCCUCAUACUUCUAAUUGUCCAACACCUCCUAAUAAUGCUCCCAAUAUUAUCAAUAUACCAUCAACUCAGGUGCCACCAGUACAGAAGAAUUACACUUAUCCUUACUACUAUUAUUUUGCUUCACAGGCAACUACUCUUCCACUUUUUCAAGCCUCCAUUGUUCUGGCAUUUUGGGUGAUCUUCCAUUUAAUUUGUUGGUGAAAAGAGUAGCAGGGGAUUCUUGAAAGUCAAAAUGGUAUAUGUAUAUUUUGCAUUCUAGGAUAUUAGGCUUAUAGCAUAUCAUAUUUUUCAAUUCAUCUACUAGUUUCAUAUAUACGAGAGAAUGUGUAUAUUUUUCUUGAUGCUUUUCGUAUCUGGUCCAAUCUGAUUGAAAUUUGGGUACACAACAUCAAUAGAAACAAUGUUCAUCUAAAGAUUAGAUUGUUUCUC